AUGGGAAAUGUUCAUCCAGAUGCGAUCAUAACUGAUCCGUGUCAGAGCAUUAAUGUAGCCACUGCUGAAGUGAUGCCAAAUACAAUACAUAGGUAUUGUAUUUGGCAUAUAUUCUCAAAGUUGCCUCUUUACUUAAGUGGUGUUCGUCCUUCUAAAAUUGCACGUGGAGAAUUUAAAUCCAUGGUCCUUGAUAGCAUUACUGUUAAAGAUUUUGAGAGAAAAUGGACAGAAUAUAUUGCAAGGAUGUUUGUUCACCAAUAUGAGUUAGCUAUAAUAGCUAAGCAUGAGAAAGAGUUGGAAGCGGAUUACAGGUCAAAGGGCUUUCAAAUUGUGUGCGAGUCAAUGUUCAAGUGGGAGAAGCAGGCAAUUCAAUGUUAUACGCGUACAGUGUAUGAAUUUUUCAAGACACGACUAAGAAAAUUGUAUGAUUGUGAAGUCAGCAACCCCGAUGAUCAUCAAGUUGUCCCGGUGUUGAGAAAUUCAUCCUGCAAAUGGUUCGAGUCUAGAGGGAUACUUUGUUUCCAUAUACUCAAGAUCUUGUCGCACAAGAAGAUUGAUAAAAUUGAUGAAAGGUAUAUGCUGACAAAGUGGAGAAGCAAUGUUAUUAGGCCACACUUGAAUCGAUUCCAUCAAGUUGGUUACCCAAACAUGACUCCUGAGUAUAAGACAUACAGGAGCAUGUUGAAGUAUUUUGACAUGGCUUGUGAUAUAGCACUGGGCACUAGCGUGAAGGUUCAAUAUGUUAAGCAUAGUUUGAAGAAGAUGGUGCAUAAUCUUCAAAACUAG